UUCCUUUUGCGGGUUGCCAGGUUGAAUAUAUAUACGUUAAUUUUAUUCACUGCUCAAAGCCUUCCGUAAUGACCAGAAACAACCCGGAAACUAAAUGACCUCCAUGAACAUGAGAUAGUUUGCGGUCAGAUUAAUAAACUGUCUGCUGUCGCAUUAUUUUACUCGACCUGGCAACCCUGGACUCAGCGCCUCCACAUGAUCUUCGUUGUUUUCCUCCAACAUGGAAGUCACGAGCUAAGAGGAAGAAGCACAUGCACAAGUUUUGCAGCACAGACCAGGUUGUAGAGGCUCGUGCACCAAAGCUGUCGGUUGCUUUUUAUUCUUUAGUGUCGUAUUUUUGAGGGAAUAAAAGAUGUUGACGCCUCUUUCGGCUUUUCAGACGCGAUUAACUGAUUUUAUGGAAACAUUGACCAAAACAGCGGUGUUAGAGAUCAGUAAACUUGUGGAGCUGGAGUGUCAAAUCCUCCUGUCUGAGGUCACCAGGGGUCAACACGAGAUCGACUUCCUGAAGAAAAGACUGCAGGUGAUGGAGAGACACAUGGUGUCGAAUAAUACAGCUCAGAGCCUAGAGGCUGGAAACACUGGAACAUCAGCAUUGCUUACAUCAGUACAGGUGAAUGUCUCCAGAACAGAGAACAACUGUUUUAUGGAGAAGAAUAGCUCCAAAACGGAGAACCACGACUCCAGAACGGAGAACCACGACUCCAGAACGGAGAACAACAACUCCAGAGUGGAGAACAACUCCAGAGUGGAGAACCACAGAUCUGAAACAGAGAACAACUCCAGGGUGGAGAACCACAGCUCCAAAACAGUGACGAACAACUCCAUAAUGGAAAACCUCAUGCCCAGUAAAGAGAACCCCAGCUCCAGAAUGGAGAAACUCAGCUCCAGAACAGAGAACAACAACUCUAGCGUGGAGAACAACAACUCCAGAGUGGAGAGCCACAGCUCCAGAAUAAUGAACAAAUCCAGAAUGGAGAACCACAUGUCCAGUGCAAAAAACCACAGCUCCAGAAUGGAGAAACACAACUCCAGAGUGAAGAACCACAACUCCAGGAGGGAAAACCACAACUCCAGAACAGAGAACAACAACUCCAGAAUGGAGAGCCACACCACCACAACAGAGUACCACAGCUCCAGUCUGGAAAACCUCAUGUCCAUUAAAGAGAACCACAGCUCUAGAGCAGAGACGUACAGCUCCAGUAUGGAGAAUCGUCCUAAUAUUAAGAGAGAGAGUGAGCUGAAAGAGUCCAGUGGAGGUGAUGACACUCUGCUGACCACUGAACAGGACCAUGCUGAUAUGAAAAAGAAACAGCCUGACCGUCAUCUACAGCGGCUUCACGCAGAGAAACACACUACUGAAAUAAAGAUUAAACAGGAGGAUUUCUGGGAUGGUCAUGAGGGAGAAGGUGGAGGAGAGAGGACGAAAGAUGGUGGUGUACACAGCGCUGAGGAAACCUUCACCAGGCGUCAGGCUGUCGCAUUUUCAGCUCAUCCUCACGACAGAAUCUUCUUUGUGAACAAUUCACGCUGCCCUGAAGGUCCUGCUUUAAAAGUGCAGUCGAACUCAGAGUCUGAAAGCGCACACAAUUAUCUCCUGCCGAAGCCCGUCAGGAGACGCGUGGCCUCCAGGUUCCAGGAGGAGAAGCGCUUUGCAUGUCCGCUCUGUGAAAAGUGCUUCAAGUGUUUCAGCCAGCUGGAGAUCCACAAGCGCAGUCACACGGGCGAGAAGCCGUACAGGUGCGCUCUGUGCGGUAAGAGGUACGCCCAGAAAGGCCACCUGUACACACACCAGCGCACACACACCGGUGAGAAGCCGUACCGCUGCAUGCACUGUGGCAAAGCUUUCAUUCAGAAGUGCUCUCUGGACAUGCACCAGAGAACUCACACCGGAGAGAAACCCUUCAUCUGCGUCAAGUGUGGAAAAGGCUUUACCAAGAAAUUCAAUCUGAACAAACAUCUGGCUGUUCAUUCAGAUGCCACAUCUGGCUUCAGUGACCUGAACGGGCUUCAUUCUUCGAUCAUCCAUCACUGACAUCUCGCUGAUUAUUUCAAUUUCAAUACUGCUUCUAAUACUCUAGCAAACUUUACUAGAUUUACUGAAAUGUUAGCUUGGUUGUGUAGCUAAUGAACUUCUGGUAGCAGCCUGUGGGGAGAAUGGGAGUGAACGGAAACUGAAACCUGUCCUCUAAAAAUGAUCUACAGUGGAACCUCGGGUUACGAACGCCCCGGCAUACGUAUAAUUCUGGUUACGAAUCGCAGUUCAUCAAAAUUUUUGCCCCUGGUUACGAACAAUAUAUCGGGAUACGAACGUCGCU